CCCAACGCUCUGCGCAAUUGCUCUAUAAUAACGUAAUAUCAUAAAACAAAAUUAAGAGAUAUUAUUCUUUAUAUAGAUUUGCAUGAGGUCCGAGUGUGCCCUUGAACGUGACACUUCGUACACGUCGGCGGCGCGCGCUGACGUCGCUCACCAGCCUGGCUCUGGCCAGCCUCUAUUACCACCCUUUCUGCCUCUGCAGCCAUCUGCUAAGCCUGUUGGACCCGGAGCACUCCACCAGAAGCAAUACACUGACGCUGCUGACUCUGCUUUUGUCGUUGACGCUGGACUUCUGCACAUAG